AUGUGGCUUGGGAAUCUCACGAGAGUUAAAGAGAUUUUAUUUGGAAAUAACAGCUUCACGGUCCAAAUCCCAUCAUCACUUUCAUACCUGAAAGAUCUCAAUUUUCUUGGCCUCAAAGAAAACAACAUUGGAGGUAAAAUUCUGAAUUUUUUGACCAACCUCACAAAACUCACCUCAUUUUUCUUGUCCAACAACCAGCUCAGUAGUUUUGGUGAAUUUCAGUUUAGCAAUUCAUUGGAGGUUCUAGCAUUAAGUAAUAACAAGCUUUAUGGCUCUAUUCCAAAGUCUCUCUCUAAUCUUGCGAAACUUACAUAUCUUGAUAUUUCAUCAAAUGACUUGACUGGCAUGGUGGACAUUGAUAUGUUCAAAAAGCUUAAAAAGCUUGAAACUCUUGACCUUAAUGCCAAUCUGCUACAUGGCAAGAUGAAUAACUUCCACAGCAUCAUACUUGAAAAUUUUGCAAAAGGUAAUAGGUUGAGAACUCUUGCCUUUAAUGGCAAUCAGUUAGAAGGCCUAUUACCAAAAUCUUUAGUCAAUUGUAUUAAUUUGGAAGUUCUAAACCUUGGGAAUAACAAGAUAAAUGAUUCAUUCCCUUAUUGGUUGGAAGCUCUUCCGAAGUUACAAGUUUUUGUCUUGAGAUCCAACAAACUUCAUGGUCCCAUUGAAAUUUAUGAGACUAGUGGAAUGAAUAUGUUUUAUGGAAAAAUUCUAGAAGUACUUGGAACGUUGAAGUUUCUUCGAGGGCUCAACUUUUCCCAUAAUAGACUAACUGACCAUAUCCCAUCAUCGUUGGCAAAUUUGUCAGUGCUUGAAUCCUUAGAUCUUUCUUCAAAUAUGCUUACUAGAGAAAUUCCUAUGCGAUUGACAAGUUUGACAUUUUUGGCCGUGUUAAAUCUUUCACAAAACUUGCUUACGAGACCUAUACCUCAAGGAAAAAAAUUUAAUGCAUUUCAAAAUGUCUCAUAUAAUGGAAACUUGGGAUUGUGUGGAUUUCCACUAUCAAUGAAAUGCAGCACUAAUGAGCUGCCAUCGCCACCACCACCUCCAUCAAUAUUCGAAAAAGACAAUGAUUCAAUGUUUGCAAGUGGAUUUGGUUGGAAGGGUGUGUUAAUGGGCUACGGAUGUGGAUUGGUCAUUGGAAUAGCUAUGGAUAUAUUGUGUUUAAAACAGGAAAACCUCACUGGCUUGUAA